AAAUUAUCGGCUAAAAUAGCCCGCGCUUGUCUUUGUGCGCUCAAAACUCGCACCCUUUGUUUUCCAAUAAAUUACGGGCACAUCAAAUUUAUUUUUCACAUUUAUUUUAAAUUCCCAACAAAAGCAGAAACGUUUUGAAAUGACGGAUAAAGCACCAAAUGAUUACGAUCCAUACGAGCAUCGUGAGGUGGCCCAUCCAAUUAGUGACUUCGGCGCCUUCCUGAACAUAGUCAAAGCUGUGCUGGGUACCGGCAUUCUCGCUGCGCCCAUGGCCUUUAGAAAUGCCGGUUACCUACCGGCAAUUGGUUGCACCAUCAUAAUCGGUAUCAUCAUCAUACAUUCCAAGUUGAUUUUGCUAAGCGGCAUGUACGAGUUGGCUAAGCGGAAACAAGUACCGCUGCUGACAUAUGCCGAUGCAAUGAUAAUUGGCGCAAUCGAAGGUCCACCGGCGCUACGCUGCACGCAAUACUUUAUGAAGGGUCUGGUGAACGUUAUGCUAGUCGUAAAUCACUUUGGUUGUUGUUGUGUUUAUGUUGUAUUCAUUGCGAAUUGUGUGAAAGAUUUUGGCGACUACUAUUGGGAAGAACAUGACAGUCGCAUUUAUAUGGCAAUGGAGACUGUGCCGUUAUGUCUGAUUUUCCUCAUACCCAAUUUGAAGGCGCUGGUGCCGCUCGUGCUCGUCGCUAACGUGACGUUAAUAUUUGGUUUCGGCAUAAUAUUCUACUAUAUAUUUUCGGAUAUGGCACCGUUCUCCGGCAUGGCAGCCAUUCAGGAUGUCUAUCUAUUUCCGUUCUUUUUCGGCGCUACAAUGUUUGCAUUCGACGCACCCGGAUUGAUUGUUUCCGUGGAAGCGAAUAUGAAGUCGCCAUUACAUUUUCGCCGUGUUUGUGGGGUUUUCGUCCAAGCCAUGCUCGUUGUUGUUUUAUUACAAAUAUGUUUCGCUUUCUUUGGCUAUUGGAGUUAUGGUGAAAAUAUCGCUUCGACUAUUCUACAAAAUUUACCCUACAAUGCCGUCCUCUCUGCAAUUGCGCGCAUAAUUUUUGCUUUCUCCAUCGUGAUCUCACAUCCACUGCAGGGUUAUGUGCCCGUCGAUGUUAUAUGGAAUAAUUGGUUAAAAGCUAAAGUGGCUGAAAACAAGCAAUUCGGCAUAGAAAUGAUUUUUCGCACGGUGGUUGCCAUAUUAUCAGUGCUCGUUGCCAUCGCCUGUCCGAAUUUGACCAUCAUACUCUCGUUGGUCGGUGCUCUUUGUCUAUCAUUUUUGGGUCUCAUACUGCCGGGCGUUUUGGAUAUUUGCGUCAAGUAUGAAACUGGUUAUGGCCCGAUUAAAAUUUACCUAUUAUUGAGUAUGCUUGUGGUGUUUGUUGGCUUACUUGGCGCUGCGGUGGGCACAUAUGUAUCCAUACAAGAGUGGGUCUUCACGUAUACUAGACCGAAUCAUACCGUGAGAGGAUUUUAUGAAGGUGUUUUAAAUGAGAAACACUCGCACGAUUUAUAUUAUUUGUGAAUUUUGUGAAGUAUGUAAGAGAAGAGAAUUUGGAUUAAUGAUUGAA